AUGGCUGAAUCCCACGCCAAUCCGGAUCUGCCGCCGGACUACGCGGCUGACGCUGCUGCCGUCCAAGAGGGCAUUCCACCAGACACACUUCGCUUGGCAGGCCGGUACAUCCAUUCCGCCAACUCCCGGAACAUCGACGCGCCUGGCAUCUUUGAGAUCAACCAUCAGAUAGAUUUUCUGCGGGAGACUGAUACACUGGUGGAGUUCAGCCGUAUCGACUACAGUAUCAAGAAACGCGCCUACGAUUCCGGCCUUGCUCCUGAAAUCGUUUCGAAUCCGAGGCACAUCUUUAACUUGGAGCGCCCGCCCGCCAUCAUUCAAGAAGCUUUCCCGUACUACAUUAAACCAACAUCUCGGAGCGGUCUGGGUAGCAUCGGGCUCAAAUUUCUGAAAAUCGGAAAGAGCGAGUGUAAAGCGUGGCUUGUAGGUCGUAAGGCGAACAACAGGAUUGAGUACGAGGCGCGAGAGCUGUUAUUUGACGUUCGGCGCAACAAUGAAGUCUUUGACUGGCUCGACCGUAACGGAUCGAGAUUGGCAGUGGAGGAAGCCCAGGCGGGCAUGUACAGCCUCAACAUUCUCGUGUCCUUGGACCGGGCGAUGCGAGAUGCAUUGUCGGAUCUGAAGCUUUUGAAGGCGGAGACGGGGCCCGCUUUUCGAGCCGGGGCUGCCGACACCGAUGCCGGGGCCACAGCUUACCACGUCACCGGAGUUCUCCCGGCAAAAUUUGCGUCGGGAAGGCACUUGGAAAAAGAGCGCCUAACCUUGUGGUACUCACUGAACCCACUCUGCACGAUCAGCGCUGUCAAAUCCACCCCACCUAUCAUCGAGACUCCUCACCACCACCCACCUCAUCUCAUCUCACUCCACGGCAAAUCCCAUCCUUCAACGACGACCAUGGACGGACCGUACGCUCGGGAGUUGGCAACUGCCAUCGCAGCAAUCCAGCAUGGCGCCAAGCUCAGCCGCCGCGUCCUCGUCAAAGAUGACAAGGGCGUCGUGACAAAGGAGGACCUCAGCCCAGUCACCGUCGCCGACUUCGCCAUCCAGGCCCUCUUGACGAGCACACUACACGCCGCCUUCCCCGACGAUAAGUUUGUGGGCGAAGAGUCCGCCGCCGACCUCCGCGAAAACCCCGAACUCCUCGCGUCCGUAUGGGCACUGCUGCAGCAGGUCGAGAACGACAAGGAGGCCGAUUCACUAUGCAAGCUGCCGGCGUCCCCAGAAGAGAUGUGCGACAUGAUUGACUGGUGCGGCCUGAGCGAUCCUUCACCAACCGGUCGCUUCUGGGUGUUCGACCCCAUUGACGGGACAAAGACGUUUGUGCGAGGCGAGCUCUACGCCAUCAACGUAUGCUUGAUGGAGGACGGGAAGCAGAGCGUCGGCAUCGUCGGUCUGCCGCUGCUCUCGGCCGACGCAAAAGCGCCCAUCAACAACGACUCCAUCGACCCCACCGGCACCGGCAGCAUCAUGUUCGCCGUCAGAGGGCACGGAACAUUUAUCCGGCCGCUUCCAGGCCCAAUCGAUCUCGCGCCCGCAAAGAUCCCCCGCCAUGCCGAUGUGGACACGCAAUCCUUGGUCUCGGUGACCUGCAUCGAGGGCUCCGAAUCGGGGGCGCCGGGGAUCCACCAAAAAGUCGCCAACCGCCUCGGCGUCGCGUACCCGGGCAACGACCUGCUCGGCUGGGUGCUGCGGUGGACGGUCCUCGGUCUCGGCCAGGCGAAUUGCACGUUUUGGGCCUACAGGCGGCGCGACCGACUUGCCAAGAUUUGGGACCACGCGGGCGCCAUGCUGCUUUUCGAGGAGGUGGGCGGGAAGGUUACGGACGUGGACGGCAACCCUGUCAAUCUCGUCGCGGGACGGAAAAUGAAGGCCAACUACGGUUUCAUUGCGGCACCGCCGUCGGUUCACGCGAGGGUUCUAGAGGCAGUGAGAGAGACGCUGAGGGAAGAAGGUCUGCACGAGCUCUUGGGGUGA